AUUAUGGCGUAUUCACACAUCUGCGACAAAUUCCAUGCAAAAGGCAAAAGUGCAAAAAAAAACCCCUCCUGCAACACAAACUAGACAGAGUUCAAAGUCCAGAGUCCACCGGUGCAGGGUCCAUUUAUUUAUCAUUUUAAUUUAAUUUCUCUUAAUUCUAUCCAGUAACUUCUUAGUUAAAUUCAAAAUUUGCUUGUUCAUCAACCAUGGCCUACUUACCCAGAAACUUGGCGAAAGGCUCCCUAGCCGUCGCGAAAAACUUACAACUGAACGCGGUAAGAAGCUUCUCGGUAGGUAGUCAACUGAGGGAGAAAAAAACUUUAAAGCCUGUGGGACAGAAUAUCGUGCUGGUAGAUGGGGUGCGGACCCCCUUCCUUCUAUCCGGGACGGAUUAUUCCAAGUUGAUGCCUCACGAGCUUGCAAAAGUGGCUCUGAGAGGCAUUUUGCAAAAAACUGGGUUGCCCAAAGAUAUGAUCGAUUAUGUUAUCUAUGGAAGUGUUAUACAAGAGGUGAAAACAUCAAACAUAGCCAGAGAAGCAGCCCUGUGUGCAGGUUACAGCGAUAAAACUCCUGCCCACACAGUAACAAUGGCAUGCAUUUCUUCUAAUGUAGCUAUGUCCACAGCUGUAGGCCUCAUCAAUAGUGGAGUAUAUGAAAUGAUUGUUGCAGGAGGAGUUGAGUCCAUGUCUGACGUACCAAUCAGACAUAGCAGGAAAAUGAGAAGUUUAAUGCUAAAAGCCAACAAGGCCAAAAGUAUACAGCAGAAAUUGGCUUUAUUGGCAACCAUAAGGCCAGACUUCUUUGUUCCUGAACUUCCAGCCAUAGCAGAAUUCUCUUCGGGCGAAACUAUGGGACACUCUGCCGAUAGAUUGGCAGCAGCUUUUGGUGCCUCUCGUAAAGAACAAGACGAAUUUGCUCUAAGAUCGCAUACUUUAGCGCAACACGCUCAAGACAAGGGCUAUUUCACCGAUUUAAUUCCCAUUCAAGUGCCUGGAAGCGACAAAGAAAUCACAAAAGACAAUGGUAUCAGGGUUGGCACUCCUGAACAAUUAGCCAAAUUGAAACCGGCAUUUAUCAAGCCUCACGGUACUGUCACAGCUGCAAAUGCUUCGUUUUUGACUGAUGGUGCCAGUGCCUGUAUUAUUACUACUGAAACUAAAGCUAAAGAGUUGGGGCUUAAACCCAAAGCAUACUUGAGGCAAUUUACAUAUGUUUCACAAGAUCCAAUUGACCAGCUGUUGCUUGGACCUGCUUACGUCAGCCCAAUUCUCUUAGACAAAGCUGGUCUAACAAUACAAGAUGUUGACGUUUUUGAAUUCCAUGAAGCUUUUGCAGGUCAAAUUCUUGCAAAUUUCAAAGCAAUGGACAGUGAAUGGUUCGCGCAACGUUACAUGAAACGCAAAGCUAAAGUGGGUGCUCCACCACUAAACAAAUUCAACCUUUGGGGUGGUUCUUUAUCGAUUGGACAUCCUUUCGCCGCUACCGGAGUGCGGUUAGCUAUGCAUACGGCCAACAGACUUGUAAGGGAAGAUGGUCAAAUUGGAUUGGUGGCUGCUUGCGCAGCAGGAGGACAGGGUGUCGGCAUGUUAAUUGAAAGACAUCCAGAUGCCAUGCCUAAUUGAAAUUCUUAAGACUAAAAAAUUGUUAACAACUAAGUUUAAGUUAUAAUUUUUUUUUUUGAGCUAAUUUAAGUCUUUAUAUACAUGAUUUUUAUACAUUUUAGUUUUUGUCUCGUAGGUUGAGGAUUGUGUAUUCUUGUUUGUAAGUAGCAAAUAUUUUCAAAUUAUUUUAAUUCCCUUUAUAUAUUUUUGAAAUAUUUAUUGUAUACAUGGAGUUCUAUUGAGAUUUGUUAACAGUUGUUUUUUUUAUUUAAUUAUUGCCAUUAAUGUAUACAAGAAAUCAAAUAUACCUCAUAUUUAUCUAUAAU